UUGCGUUUGCUUUGUGUCCAUUUCCCGAGGGACGAGGACCCCCGCACCGCCGGGACGGCCUUGCUCUGCUGAUGAAGCCGCCGGAGAGGACGCGAACCCAGUGCCCGCCUCGUGCCCUCCCUCCAGUGCCAAGUGGAAACCAAGAUGAAAUUCCACUCAGUCGUCCCAAAAAAAGGAAACCCAAAGGAAAGACUCCAUUAGAUGGUAUUGUGCAAGCAGCAGUUCGUCGGCAGUCUGAAAGCAGUGAGCCCCUAACUCCUGAACCUCAUGAUGUCCCUCCUCAAAGGAAACGCAAGAAGAAGAAAGUACCUACUGAUUCUGAGACCUCUUUUACCCAGCAAAAUGUUGCAUCCCUAUUUCAGAAUGGAAAUGGCAUGGAUGUCCCUGAAGCUGAAGAAACAGUGAUCCGCAAACAGAGAAAAAGAACAAAGAAACCUCGGCCAGCCGAAAUGCACUGUUCCAAUGAGCUGGAAGUGGAGGAGGAAGACAUCAUUGAAGAUGAGCACAGAAAGAGCCCAGAUCAGCAGCCUGUGUUUGCUGCUCCCACUGGAAUUAGCCAACCUGUUAGCAAAGUGUUUGUUGAAAAAAAUCGGCGUUUUCAGGCAGCUGACCGUGCAGAAUUGAUUAAAACCACUGAAAAUAUCAAUGUACUUAUGGAUGUGAAGGCCUCCUGGACUACCAGAGAUGUUGCUCUCUCUGUGCACCGAAGUUUUAGGGUGAUCGGACUCUUCACCCAUGGCUUCCUUGCUGGGUAUGCUGUAUGGAACAUCAUUGUUAUCUACAUUUUGGCAGGAAAUCAGUUUUCCACAGUUUCUAAACUGCUCGAGCAGUAUAAGACACUAGCAUACCCAGCUCAAAGUUUGUUCUAUUUGUUGCUGUCUAUCAGUACAGUUUCAGCCUUUGACAGGAUUGAUUUGGCAAAAGCAUCAGUUGCAGUGAGGGGUUUUCUUACCCUAGACCCAGCAGCAGUAGCCUCUUUCCUGUACUUUGCUGCUCUUAUUUUAUCCUUAAGCCAGCAGAUGACAUGUGACAGAAUUAACCUCUACACACCACCUUCGGAAAAUGGCAGCAUCUGGAUGGCAGGUACAGAGGAAGAAAUUGUUCAGCCGUGGGUUGUGGUGAAUCUGGUAGUGUCUAUUCUAGUUGGGACAAGUUGGAUCUUCUUGUCUUACCGACCAGAGUUAGACCACAGUGAAGAACUGAUGUUUCAUACUGAAAUCGAGGAAUUUCCCCAGGGAAAUAUCAUACCCAGAGUCCAGCCAUAGUGUGGAACAAGCAUCUGCAAAUACUGUAGCUCUGACUGUUGGCUCAACAUGACGUGUAUUAUAGUCAUGUAUUAUAACUUUCAUAAAGAAAAAAAUGUAUUUUUAUAUUGUAUAUAUAUUAUUUUGAUCUUUUUAUCUAUGCUACAAUUUCCAAAUGUGAUUGAAAAGUUUUAUGCUUUUGCUUUUUAUUUUACAAAGUAGGUUAUCUCUACUGCAUAAAGUCAAAGUGAUUUUGUAAAUAUUGCUACCUAUAUAGCCAAAGAAACUAGAUGGAUGCAGCAGAUCAGGUAUUCAGUGCUUUUUUGACUGCUGUACAGUCUUCAACAACGUGUUUUUACUACUAAUGCUGAUAGCAGUUGGCUUACCUGAUUUGGCUAGUCUCUAGAGAUUAAAACAAAUCUUAUGAAGAAAGUAGUCUAAGGAAGAUUAUAAUAAAAAAGAGUUCGAGAAUAUAAAACCCACAAAGUUAGUAAGCAUAAAAUAAUCUGGGUUUAGUUGUCAUAAAAAGUAUUUGCUAGAAGAAGGGACUGGAUUGUUAGGGAUUUUGUUUAAUAAUUCCUUAAAAGAGGACACUUUAUUUUUCUCAUGUUCAUUUAGUUCUCUUGACAAAGAUCUUGAUGAUAACACCUUCUUUCAAGCUCAGGUGGAUGCAAGAAACAGAAGUUUUCAUGUUGCAAUAGUUUAGUCAGCUAAUGAAUACCUAAAUACAUCUUUUAAUCAAGCAGGGCGGUUUUGGGUUGCCAACAGGGAUAUAUAUGUAUGUCCUGUAAUUUCUCAACAGUUCUCCUUAUCUUGUAUGGCAAGAGCAAUAGUGUCAUUCACUGCUCUUUCUAAAGAAACUUGGAUUUCAUAGAUGUUAAAAACAUUCCUACUUCUAGCUAUUUUAAUUUCGCCCAAAAGGAUUUUUGUUGUUUUGUGUUAGGAUGGAAUGAGAAACUUCUUCCUAAAAUUACAAGAAAAUGCUUACUAAGGCAAAACAAGAACUCUGUGGCAAACCACUUUCUAUGUAGUGAUAUAGUAGUAAUAGUGGCACUUGGUGGGUUUUGAUGAUGAUAGCCAACAUUCUUUUUCUUUUAUAUUAAAGUGGCAAAAUGAAAGCAUUGCAGAUGUGAAUAAGUACAGGUGUAUUGCAGGAUGAAACAAUGUCCUUAGUAGAUAUAAACAAGAGCUAGUAUGAAAUGCGUUUCUUAGGAAAGUAUCACCUAAAGCCCCAAACCUAUUUGUAUAUGUUAUUUAAUAUGUAUUGAUUUUGCAUUGUUUCAUUUAAUGUGUGUGUCUAAGUGUGGUUGUAAAGGGUGUGCAGUUGUCAAAGUUCCCUGGAGAAUUACUGUACUUUCUGGUAGUGACGUUAAGAAUAGCCAGGUAAAAGACACGAAGGGGGAUGUUAAAGAGCCAGUAACUUUCUAAGCUGCUACCUGAGUUGCUUUAAAACAAGGAUGGGAACAUAAAUAACUAGGGCUGCUGCCCUGUGGAGGACUUGAGUUCUGUUAUGGUCAUCCAGCAAAUUUAAUUAAUUAGAAAAUUUAGUGUUUAUUACAUUUUUAAAUGCUGUGGUAAUCUUGGGGGGGGGGGGUGUGAGGGGAAGAGUUCUACCAGAAUUUUAAUUUAAUUUAACAUUCCACAGCUGUUGGUUGCAUUCUGGGGCAUUCACUUCAUUGUGGGAAGGAGCUGUUAACCUUUUUUGUAAAUUGUUAGGGCUCUUGUGUAUGUAUUUUUGCAAAACUGUAGAGCUAAAUUAUGGCUGGCACUGCAUUGUACAUUAAAAUGGAGAGAUUCAGGGUGCUGCACCGCUGCAGCGUUGCACUGGAGGUUCUUGUCAUGAUUUGGCCAUAGGAGAUGAGGCACUACUUAAGUGUUCCUAUGUAGGUUGCCACCACAGUUUCUCUAGAUGUGGUGUGUUUAAUUUACAGAAUUGUUGAGCUCCUGAAGAUGAGAUUAAUAAUGGCUUCUCUUUGCUGCUUGACGUUUCUGUCAUCUUGGCAUGGUAAGAAGUGUAAUUUUGCCUAUAAAGUAUGGAGGUCAGGUAAAACUGUGCUAAGGCAUCAAAUGGGUACAGGAAAAAACUUGAAUUAACAUCAUUGCUUGUUCUCUGACAUUAUUACUAGGAAUUGGCCUUCCAAGUAUCCCUUGGACAAAGCAAUGCUAGCCAAGAGCCAGAUUCAUUCUUACUGUGAAAUACAGUAGUUUGUUUAGAUGAUUGAGCAGGGAUUAAGUUAAUGAACUUAAUGGGAUCAAGUAUUUCAAACCAGGCUUGCCUUUCCAGUGUAUCUUUUUGUGAGGGUCCAAGUAUAUGCAUACUUAAAUUAAUGAGGUUUGAGGUUGCCAUUUAAAAAUCACACUUAAUAAAACAAUUUGAUGGCUAAUUAUCUAUUUUACAAAGUAUUUUUCAUCCUAUUAAGAGUCACAAUGGAAUAUGAGUUUAACUGAGCUUUUUUGUUUAGUUACUUGGAAAGUUUUAGAAUGAGUUUACAAAAUAGAUGUUUAAUUACUGAACAUGCAGUAUCUGUAGAAGCCUUAACUGAAAUGCCUUUGUGCGUUUCCAUACCAUUGCUUUUAAUGCGGUAUUUUUGUGUUAAUGAAAAAAAUUACAAAGAUGUUAGUGCCAAUUUCUUGGUUUUACAUAUAUAAAAAUUAAACAACUGCUCUGGUUAGAAAUGAUUGUACUACUUUGUCCUGUUUCCAAAUGAUUAGUCUGUUUAAAAUAAAUCAGUUUGUCUAAUUUUUUCUCCAGUGCUAAUAUUACGUAUAAUAUACAACCUCUGAACAGGUGAUUAUGGGAGAACACUUUUUCUUUUUGUGGCAGUGUUGUAAAUAAUGGCUUUGCUUUCUGUCCAUCAUAUUCCU